AUGCCCUUAAUGCGCAUCCCCUACACCGACCCGCUGCCGCUCCCGCGCAUCCUGCCUCCUAGCGCCAGCACGACCUCCGGUGCCAUCGCCGCCCUCGCAACCUUCCUCACAGCCCCGCCGUCGCCCCACCUCCGCCCGCACCUCUCGCCCGCAACGCUCACCCCGCGCGAUGACCACUCGACGGUGCUGCUGACGGGCGCGGGCAUCUCGGUCGCCAGCGGCCUGGCCGACUACCGCGGCGCCAACGGCACGUACACGCUCAACAAGACGUACCGCCCCAUCUACUACGGCGAGUUCGCCGCGCACCACCGCAUGCGCCGCCGCUACUGGGCGCGCAGCUUUUUGGGGUGGACGACGCUCGCACGCGCGCGGCCCAACGCCUCGCACCGCGCCGUCGCGGCGCUGGGGGAUGCGGGUGUGGUGGGGAACGUGAUUACGCAGAACGUCGACUCGUUCCACCCCGUGGCGCACCCGGGGUUGCCGACGCUGGAGCUGCAUGGAUACUUGCGCGCGUGCGUGUGUCUGUCGUGUCGGAAUGAGUUUGAUCGCGAGGAGUUUCAGCGCAGGCUGGCGAGUCUGAAUCCGGCGUGGGAUGCGUUCUUGCGCGAGAUGCUGGCGAGCGGCGCGCUGUCGACGGAGAAUCCGGACGAGAGGAGGCGGAUGGGGUUGAAGACGAAUCCGGAUGGCGAUGUGGAUGUGCCUGGAGUGGAUUAUCAGACGUUUAGGUACCCGGCGUGCCCGGUGUGCUUGGAGAAGGGGGGACAUGAGGCGCAUGGGAAGGUCGAGGUGGAUGCGGAUGGGGCGUUGGUUGAGGGGUCGAAGGCGGGGGUGUUGAAGCCUGCGGUGAUUAUGUUUGGGGAGAGCAUACCGCAUGUGGUGAAGAGCCGGGCGGAGGAGGCGAUAGAUGGGGCGAGCAGGCUGUUGGUGAUUGGGAGUAGCUUGGCGACGUAUUCGGCAUGGCGAUUGGUGAAGAGGGCGAAGGAGCAGGCAAAUCAAGAGUACUACCACUUUCCUUAUUCCAUGGCAGGAAAUGAAGCCACUUCCGAGCACGUUGCCUCUAUCAAGGGCAUCGUCUUUGGUCUUUCGUGCAUCACGGACUUGGUCAAACAACACCGCCUGGUAGAUGAUGAGUUGUUCAAGAAAUCCCACUUUCAGACCGCUUUGGACGAACUUCAGCGAGUUGCUACAGCGUCCGGCCAUGUUUCCGAAACCGAUGAGCGGUGGGAGGAUGGAGGAUACGGGGAGAAACCCUGUGAAGGAUUCUAUAGAAGCCACGAUGUACCGGUCAUCUUCAUUUGUGGGCAGAAGGCUGCUGAGCUGCUGAAGGCCGAAGCUGGAAGCAGAGCCCAAGGAAUCUCUGAAGGCGAGACUCGAGAAACACCGGGAGGAGAGGGGGAUUCAAUUAGCUCCAAAAUCCCAUUUCUAAACAAGCGGAUUGAAGAGUUGGCUACGGAGAAGUGGAAUUUGGAACAGCGUGUUGAGUGGUUGACAGAGAAGAACCGGAGGCUUCGCAGCAUGUUGGAUCCCGAGGAUUGGUAA